UAAAACAGAAAUGAAAAACGCGAAAGUAUUGCGCAUGGGCUACAUACAUAAUAAACAUUAGCGUUCUGUGAAGAAUUUCGAUGUAGUCAAAACGUACAGCUUGCGACAAACAAUUGUACAGCACGUUAUCGCUUUGCAAAAGCUGGCUCUGUAUAAAUUUGUUUACUACUUUGUUUUUUUUGUGUGUGUGUAUAAAUAAACUCUACAGAAAGUAAUAAGACUUCAAUUACUUAGUGAAAACCAUAAUGAAUUACUUACAAUUAUUAGUACUUUUAGUUCUGUUAUCUUUGAAGCCGGCAUCUGCCGGUCGACCUCUUACCGAUACGGUGUAUCUCGCGGUCGGCACUUCAAUUGAUAUAACCGCAAAUAGAUACGGAAAAAAUGUGUUACGAACUUUCUGUUAUCCGGGCAAGCCACGCUCACUGUUCAGCCUAUUUGAGACUGUGGAGCUGAUUCUAUCCAUAGCCAGCGAUGACUAUUCAGAAUAUGGCGGGCGAACUCCCGAAGAAGUCCUUGACCAUUAUACUGAAAAGCAUUCGCUGUUUAGCUUCACGCUCUUCUCGCAGAAGCGCCAAAAUAUCCAGCUAUCGCCAUUUGAACAGCAAUGUAUCGGCGUAAGCUCCAAUCAGCCGUACAACAUAAGUCUCAAUUAUGCACAGUUAGAUAUAUGGCGUCUAAUACAAAUGUCUCUGGGCAUUGCACUCUUCUGGAGCGCCACCCGGUUGGCCAAGAACAGUAUAUUUUAUUAUUUGGCUGGCAUGGUACUGGGAAUUUGCGCGUCGUUGCUGGUAAUCAUUGCCGUAACAUCUAAACUUUUUCCGCGCCGACCAAUGAUGUACGGCGUACUAAUCGGAGGAUGGACCAUCGGACUUUACAUACUCAAACAACUAUCGGACAACAUACGUGUAAUAUUAAUCACCUAUCGCGAAUAUGUACUUUGGUAUUUGGUGAUUACAGGUCUAAUAUCGUUUCUCGUCUGCUAUCGUAUCGGACCUCCUAAGAAUCCGCGCUCGCAAAAUAUUAUUAUGUGGGUGCUACAGGCAGUUGGCGCUGCCAUCGUUUACUUUAGCAGUUGGCAUACUAGUGCGUGCGUUGUCCUGCUGGUGCUCGUCUGUGCAGCUCAUUACUGCCCUGACUCGGUGCUUCAGUACGCGCACAGCUUUUACAAGCGCCGUUUUCCGCCCAAGCGUCGCCUGCUCACCCAGGAGGAGUACUAUGAGCAGGCUGUCAGUGAGACGGCUCGUUCGUUGGCCGAGCUGCGCGACUAUGUGAACAGCUCGAAUUGCCGCCAAUGGAGUGUUAUAAGCGCCCUGCGUGACCCAAUGCGCUUUGCCACCUUUGCUAAUGGUGCACCGCACUUGUUUGACGAAGAAAUCGAGGAUUACUCGCGCACCAUAGAGGACUCCCUGGAAGGUGCUGACGAGGACGAGGCUUUUGACUUUUUGCAAUCCAGCAUGUACUAUCGACCCACCGGCAGGCUCAUCAAUCCACACCGCAUUCCAUCCAGUCCACCCUCUUACCCGCCAAUAAGAGCCCCGCCUCUUGGCAGGCAGCUAGGCAACAGCAACAAUGAUAACAAUGACGACGACGACGAUGAAUUCAUGGACUAAAGGAAAAUCAUAGACAUACAUCAUAAGAUAAGGCUCUUUAGUUUAUAUUGUAUAUUUUUAGAAAGUUUUUCCCCCUAAUCGAUGCCAAAAGAUAGUUUGAUUUUAAGCUCCUCUUAUUUUUUAGCUAUAGUUCGUAAACUGAGCGUGUAUGUAUAUAUUUGUUUGGUCCUUAUUAACGUAUAAUAUUAAGAUUGCGUCUAUGUGUUUAUUUCCUAAGAAUCCUAAUUGAACUGCCCCCAUUUCAGACAUAGUUACUUAAGACUCGAAAGAUUAUACAUUUCAUUCAUUUAAGCAUGGCGGCAAAAAGGAGCUCCAGAUCUGAUAUGUUUUCCUAAAAGACUACUCUAGUUUCGUUCAUGUGUAAAAAAAUUGCAUUUAUAUUAUGUUUUAAAAUAACUCAUACUUAAAUAAAUAUUAAGAUGAAAAAAUCAGGUGAAAAUGUCUCUAUUCUGUAAGGUAUAUCUAAUCAGCCAAAUGUAAAAAUCAUAAUCAAAAUCUUUUCCUGCCGAAAAAUAAGUAAAUUAUGUAUGUAUGCGGCAGACGCUCUCUGUCUCGCUCAUUGCCGUGUGUGUGUGUCGUGCCGUGCCGUCUGUUUCAUUGUGGCCCACACACACGACUGGCAAAAACAACUACUUGGAGUGCAUACUUGCAUAUGCAUAUGUGUACACACAUACAGCUGUAUAGCUACGAAAUAUAAAAUAGCACUGUACACUAACUUCCCAUUCGUUCGACCAGUUAAGCUAUAUUUGUGGACU